AGGGUUGGAGAGUGGCAGCGGCGGAGGGUAGACGCGACUGCAGGGCCGAGGCGAGGAACGCCCCGAACGCGCGCCCCCGCCCCCGCCCCCGCCCAUCCGCCCGCCGGCUGGUCGGUGAGCGCGGCUAGCGGCCCGACUGCCAGGCUUGGCCGCCCAGGUUGUGCGUGCCUGCGGAGGGAGGACUGGGCGAGAGGUGCCACGGCGGGAGAUGCGGACGACUGCGGGCGCUCGGCGGGCUCGGCUCGGCCGCCGCCGCCUCCGCGGCCGUAGUGCCCGUGGACUGCCCGCGUGAGGAGACGGCGGCGGGGGGCGGCCGCUGCAGUUCGGCGCCGCCCGAGGGAGAGGAGGACCUGAGGGAGACCCCGCGCCCUCGCUGACUGCUAUGGACAGUGCUAUUACACUGUGGCAGUUCCUUCUUCAGCUCCUUCAGGAGCCUCAGAACAAGCAUAUGAUCUGUUGGACCUCUAAUGAUGGGGAAUUCAAACUUUUGCAAGCAGAGGAGGUGGCUCGACUCUGGGGGAUCCGCAAGAACAAACCAAGCAUGAAUUAUGACAAGUUAAGUCGAGCUCUCAGAUACUACUAUGUAAAGAAUAUCAUCAAAAAAGUGAAUGGUCAGAAGUUUGUGUACAAGUUUGUCUCUUAUCCAGAGAUUUUGAACAUGGAUCCAAUGGCUGUGGGAAGGAUUGAGGGAGACUGUGAAACUUCAGGCUUCAAUGAAGUCAUCACCAAUUCAAAAGAUUUGGAAAAUGGAGGGAAAGAGAAGCCGCCUCAGCCAUGUGCCAAGGCAUCUAGCCGCAAUGAUUAUAUACAUUCUGGCCUCUACUCUUCAUUUACUCUCAACUCUUUGAACUCUUCCAAUGUAAAACUUUUCAAGCCUAUAAAAAUUGAGAAUCCAGCGGAGAAACUGGCAGAAAAAAAAUCUCCUCAGGAGCCAACACCUUCAGUCAUCAAAUUUGUGACGACACCCUCUAAAAAGUCAUCAAUUGCACCUAUUCCUUCUACCAUUUCAGCUGGCCCAACUAUUUCUACAGCUUCAGAAGAAACUCUACAAGCCUUGGAGACUCUAGUUCCUCAAAAGUUGGCUUCUCCAGAAACUCCACCUUCCAUACCCAAUAUUACGACAACUUUUACCACCACACCUCCUGUUUCUUCCAUAUCUCCCUCUUUGCAGGAUCCCUCCAGAUCACCUUCACCACCCUUGAGUCCUAAUGCAGACCUAGACAUUGACACAGACAUUGACUCAGUGGCUUCUGUGAGUCUCUCUCAGAACUUUUCAUUGGAGGCCAAAGACCAGGAGUUAGCACUGCUAGAGAAAGAGAGCACAAAUCAUUCAUCAAGGUCCAAGAAACCCAAAGGGCUAGAGCUGGCACCUACUCUGGUGAUCACAGGAAGUGAUCCAAGCCCCCUGGGGAUACUGAGUCCCUCUCUCCCUACAGCUUCUCUUACUCCUGCACUUUUUUCACAGACUCCUAUCUUACUGACACCAAGUCCCUUGCUCUCCAGUAUACACUUUUGGAGCACUCUGAGUCCUGUUGCUCCUUUAAGUCCAGCCAGACUGCAAGGUGCUAACACCCUUUUCCAGUUUCCUUCUGUCCUGAACAGUCAUGGGUCAUUUACUCUGUCUAGCCUGGAUGGACCAUCCACACCUGGCCCCUUUUCUCCAGAUCUGCAAAAAACAUAGCACAUGCACUUGUGAAAAGAGAACUAAAGAGCAAAGAAGACACAGACAUAUUCAGCAUGAUGAGCAGUUUGCAAUUCCACAAUGCUGAUAAUGGACUAUUGUGAUUUUUGCCAUUCCUUUUAAAAUGCCUUUUCAGAGUUUUCUUUGAUAGGCCUCAAGUAGGGACUAUGUAUGGAAACGCCUUAAUUGGAGUCUAGACUCCACCCGGCCCUUUUGCCUCUCCUUUUCUUUAUCCUCCCUCUUAAUUUUGGGAAAUAGAGAGAUGGAAUAGUGUUUUGAUAUGAGCAGAUGAGAACAAAAAUGAUAUUUUGGCUACGGGGUUCUAUUGGCAGGAAAGAGAUUAACCCUUGGAAUAGAUUAUUUCAAGAAACCAUCAGAUGGAUGAAACUGACUACACCUUGAGACUCUUGGUGUCCUCUCUCAAACCACAAAGAAUAUGCUGUCAGUUAUAACUGAUAAGUGACAAAGAAACAUUCCUUCUUCAUACAGAAUGAGACUUUAACAGCAUUCCUGGGGAGACUUGCAGUUUUGCAGUGAAUUGUAGUAUAUGUCAGCAACCCAGAAAGAGGCAUCUAGUUUACAUUUCUUCAGGGUGAAUCUCUCAGUUACCAUAAGCCAUGGUUGAUUUUGUCUGAACCUGUCAUUCAAAUAUGGGAUCCUAUGUUUCUGCUUCACCCUCAGGGGACUCAACUUGGAGUGAUGGGCUCUGAUUUAUAAGACAGUGCCUAGAAGACUGAGAAGAUGGGACUCUGCAUCUAGCACAGAAACAUUGACUAUGCUGUGCUCUGGGUGGUCUAGUUCAGUACCCGCUGAAUACAGUACUGUGGAUGAAGAAUAGGCUAGUGGGAGGAGGAUGCUGCAUUAUCGAAAACUUAGAAUAGAUUUAGUUAAUAUGCCUAAUUGAGCAACCUGAAAGAACAUUUGUGGCUUUUUCAGUCAAGAUGAUACCCAAAGUACAGGACCCGUUUCUGUUCAUAGUAACUCAGGUUCUGUUGUGUAUUGUUUUCUUACUUUCUUUUAAAUUUGAAGUUGUGGUAUUUUUGAAGAUAUUAGAGAAGGAUAGAAAGUGAAGUCCUCAAAAUCAGCCAUGAGGUAAGGAACUACUUAUUUUGUAGGAAUAUUUUUAAUGGGCAGGGAGUUUACUUGAGAAUACCCAUGCCUUGGUUUGGAGUUGUUCAGGUAAUGAGAAAUGCAGACUUUCAUCUCAGUCACUGAACCUGGUUUAAUUUGCCAAACACCAGUCAUGUGGUAGAAAUCAUUCCCUGUCCAUGUGAGGUGAAUGUGGCUUUUCAGAAUUCAAGAAAACUGGACUGAGGCCAGCAUCAUAGUUGGGUACUGUGUUGAUAUUUUUGGCCUGGAAGUCUAGAUUCAGAUAACCUCCCCAGAUCGAUUUCUCUUUCAAUGCUAGAGAUAGCAUAAGGUUGUAUCACAUUGAUUAAAUGGGAUGAGGGAGAACUUGCAUGCUUAUUGCUUGUGCUGGGGAUAAAGAAAGGAAGGAUUCCAGAUGAAAACAAGUCAACUCAGCACCUUCGAGCUGCACAAAAUUCACUUUAAAUUUGUUUUUAUGCUGUAUAGAGAUUCUUAUGUAUGAAACUUUUAAUUAGGAGAAAGUAGCUGGCUACAUAAUUUUGUUAUAGAUUAUAUUCACAGUAACUCAUGUAACCAGAGAUCUCAAGUUUUUCUAACAUUACUUGCUUGCCUGAUUUUGGUGUGGAAAUGGUGUGCUUCUGUCCUAACAAUUCUUUUUCUCUGCCUAGUGGAUCAUAUUGAAUAUGUAGCUUGAUUGACUGGGAGUGGAGGGAAAAGAUGUAUUCAGGGAACUGCCUUCUUAUAUUUUGAAGUUUUGGAGGUAUGUUGCUGGCUCAUAUGUGGAGUAUCAGCAUAAGAACCCAUCCACUCCUGAGAUGUGCAAUAGCAAUGCUGAAAGGUUGCUGGAGGAUGCUGACCAGCAGUAAUCAUUUGGAUUAUUUAGUUUGCACGUCUCUGAAAAUUAAACCUCCAAUAGCACUUUCUGAGCUAGUUUUAUUAGUAUUUUGUACUUUGUAAUAAAUAGAUGAUGGGGGUACAUGUUACCUGGGAGUUUUAAACUUGUUAAGCACUAAAGAAAAUUUUAUUUUCAUGAAUUAAUGGAGGAAUGAAGCCAUUGGAUUGUUUUUUUCCAAGAGUACAUCCUUGGUGUCUGCAUUUCCUGUCUUUAAACAUAGGCAUGCCAGGGAAAGAGAUGGCACCAUUAAAGGCAGCUUAAUGCAAACCAGUUUUAUCUGGUUUUUCUUAAAUAUAUCUGUCCCUGCAACCUUAGGUAUGUAGCCAUAGCUGGUUGUUUGUGAUUUGCUUUCUUUUCUUGUGAUUAUCCUUAUUUAGGAGAAGAUGAUGAUAUUUUUCAUCAUUGGGAGUGCUUCUGUUUUAAAAAUGAGAAAUUUCCAGCUGUAACUCAGCUGACUACCUUGUUUCUAACCUACCUCCUUUAGGCAAAGACUCAGUAUCAGAAUCUUUGGAAAAUCUAAAUAUCAGAAAGGCAACAUCCCAUUUAGGAUCAGUAGUCAUUGAGGAGGCUGAUAGAGAUGUGUAAUAGAUAUAACUGAGAUAUAUCUGAUAUCCAUCAUGUUAGUGGGAUGAAUGUUAUUAGGCAACAAUAGCCUAAGUGAAAUAAGGGAAGCUAGUUGAAUUGGGAAGUAGGAGGUCUACUGUAAGACUGACUUUCUUGUCUUUUCUUUGCCUAUUACUUUGCAGUGAUGUUCUCAUUAUUUCUCCAAGUAUUCUUGCUCAUUAAUGAUACUAUACUGCCUUACAUUAAAAAUAAGAUCAUAGCCUGUUGCUAGUAAUCUUUAUUCCAUAAAAUGAUGUGUUACAGUGAUUUGGGAUUGGUACAUGUUAUGAGAUGAAAACUUCUGCUAAUUUAUUUUCCAUAAUUCUGGAAUUACAAAAAAUAGCUCAAGGUCAUUUUGCCCAUUCUCCAUCCUCCUGGUAGAACUGUAUCCAAACUAUGUAAAAUAGAUGUUUAGCAUAUUUUUAAAGCUCUUCUGGGAAGGAUAUUUGACAAGUUAGCUUUGUUAAGUAUUAUUAGGAAAUCUGUAUACUGUAUAAUAUUCCUUUGGCACCAACUAAGGCCUUGUAUCCUGGUGCCAUGCAAGCUUCUUUCUUGUUGUUUCCCAGAAUAAGGUGGCCUUGAGAGAGAUAAAUACUGUAUGUAAUAUUUGCUUUUUCUAGUUCCAUUGCAAAAACUUUGAAUCUCUAGGACUGUUGGUUCAGCACCUUUACAGGAUACCUAGGCAAGCCCAGAAAGUUUUCCUUACAUUCAAGGAGGAAAAUAAGUUUAUCAGUCUCAUAAAUAAAUGCAGGGAAUAUUGCAGAAUUGGCUUAAGUUUAACUGGAAAAGGCCUUUAAGGGCCUAGGCCUAUAUUCUGUUGUUUCAGAGAGCAAGAAUUAUGACUCAUUGUAAACUCUACUAGGGUCAAUUCCUAGUUAUAUCCAGACUGUGUAUCAGUAAGGCUUGGAAAGAAUGAAACAACCCUAGAGUGCCAGAACUUUAACUCUAGGGUAUAAUAUAAUUUCAUUUAUGUGCAUACCCAGUAUUGAGUGUUGUCCAACAGCAUUGCUUUUUGCUGAUACUGAUGCACUGGUUUCUUGAUUCUGUGUUCUGAUAAUAAGCUGUUUGUACAAUUGGUUUAAUCACAUUCAUAGACAUUCAUGCAGUAUUGUCCUUAAUGUAUUACUUCCAGCCUUGAAAAAAAUCACAUGUACUUUUUUGUGAUAUGGGUGUUUGUGGGGAGAUUAUCCUUCUAUUAGAUUUUUCCUUUCCUGCAAAGAUCUCCAUAAUAGAUUUGGAAUUUUUGUACAUGAGUGUGCCACUAACUUUUAUGAAACUGAACAUUCUCUUUAAAAAGUUGCCAAAUAAGAAGGCCCAAAUUAACUGGGUAAAAAUAAGUGUGCAAUUGACAGUUUGUGUUCCCAUUUCCUCCCCCUCACCAUUAACCAUGUGACUAUAAUUUUCAUUUUACUGGUAUUUCUAGAAAUUAUUUUUAGCCUUUAUAUAAUUUUACUACAAAUUACAGAUUAUUUUACUGUAUACUUACAUGGGCCAUUUUCAUGUUUCAUUGGAAGAUUUCGUUUGGAUAUAAGGGAACAUUUUUAGGUCCUAAAGGGAUAUUUUUUGUUAUUUAUCAUUCAUGUCCAAUCUGAUUUAUUUCUGAUUCUCCUUUUACCCUUUGUUGAAUGGUAAAUGAGGUUUUGAAACAUAGAAUUAUGCUUUCUGAAGUGCCAUUUUUAUGGUGUAUCUAGGACCUUAUGUUAGAGGUAAAAAGCCCUGGAUGAAUUACAAGACCAGUAAAAAAGCAGGAAGAAUACAGAUAUUGAAUCUUUUGUCUAGGAGUAUAACAACGUCAUUUUUCAAGGGGACUUGCAUAUGGUAGUUUGAUGGAGUUAAUUUUUCCAUACAUAGAAACUUAAAUGAAUUAGAGGUUAGCUUUAAUUAUCCUUCUCCAGCCAAGGAACUGGUUGGACGAAGGCUUUUUUAAAAGAAGCAUCUCGUUACAUAUGCUUGCUUAGUUUUGUGUCCAAAAUAGGUUGUGUGGGUGGUUGUUUUUCAAAUGCUGCUUGUACUUCCUAAAAACAAAAGUACCCAGCUUUGCCUCAGAGGUUAUCAGAAGAACUACCACUGAAGCUUUUGCACCUUGAAAAUCUAGAAUUCUUGUGGGUGGCCUAGUAAGCAAGGGAAAAGGGAUGGUUUUGAUUUGAUUUUAGAUAUUGGGUGUAGCCUCUUGGUAAGAAAAUCUUGUUUUGGUUUGUAAAGUAAGCACAUUUGAGGUGAUAAUAUAAAAUAAAUCUUCUUCUGAGAGCUACCUUUUUUUUUUCCAUCUCUCCAAAAAAUAUUUUAAGAAACAAAUCAAUAAGAAUCCAGAAAAUUGUUAUAACUGGAGUGUUGAUUUGUGAGAGAGAGAAUAUUGGUUUUAACUUAGGCAUUUUACAAAAACCAAGAAAUACCAACUUCUGUUAAGAUGUUUAAUGAAACCUUUUUUUUAAACCAAAAUAUUAAUGGGAAAGUGAUAUAACAUAUUAAAUGAUGGUGACUCUGGUCUCCUGGGUAUCUGCAGUUUUGUCAGAGUUAAAAUUUUUAUUUUUUAAUAUUUGAGAGACUGGAACAUUUCUUUCCAAGUCAUUCUGGCAUAUUGGCUAAAUAUGUAUAUAUACAUAUAUAUAAAAUCUAUUUUUCAGAGGGAUAUAUAUUAUUCAUUCUGUAGACUAGGGUGGUUCCUAGGCUAUAUAUUUUAUACUAAAACUAAACUUUUCCUGCACUUUGCAGUUAUCACAUCACUUUUUAAAGUUUAAUGCCUUGCACAUUUCAAUUUCUUAUUUAAAAAAAAAUACCAGUAAGUACAAAGUCAUAGGCCUUAAUGUGGACUAUUUGCUUGCCAAGUAAAAAAACAACUCAGUGCUAUUAUAACAAGUAAUUUUGAAAAAUCAUCAUACUCUGGUCUGUUAUGUUGGUAUAAGAUUGGGCAAACAAUUUUAAAAUAUUCUUCAUUUACAUUUGCUUCUCUUUUGAGACUUUGUUCAUCAGCUUGUAGCAUAAUUAUAGGGGAUUUAUUGAAAUUACUAUUCUUAAAAUACAGAAAUGUGACCAUGGAUUGAGUGAAUAGAAGUUGGCUUUGUUGCCUGAUUUAACCCUUUGAUCAGUUGUAGGAGAAAUGCCAGAGUAGAGCAUUCUUGGAAUGAAUGCUAUUAUUAAUAUUCCUACCCUGAUCAGUUAGGUGAUAGAACCCACCCUGUGAGGGUUUUGUUAGGGCAGGUUUAGGCUUGGGGAUGACCUAAAGCUGGACUAGAACUCUAGCAAACUAUCCUAAUAUGAUUGGACAAGGGGUGGGGGUGGGGGGGUAAGAAGCUAUUGUCAUUCUGUUAUGCACAAUUAUUAGUACUGUUUUCAUAACUGGAAGCACUUAAUGUUUUGUUUUUGUUUUUUUUAUUUUUAAUUUUUCAACUGAAGGCUUUUGAGGAUCAGGGAGUGGAGGUUAUUACUGUUUUAUAAUUUCUGGAAUUUGUACUGUUUGGGAGGGGGGCAAAUGGAUUCACAAAACUGAUUAUUCUACUAGGCUUUUUGAAGUGUUGUAUUUUGGCUAGAAUGUUUUUAAAUAUUUCAACUUUUAAAAUUGUGCUGUAUAGAAUGUGAUUUUUAUGACUUGCUAUUGAUGGAUUGCACAAAACUUUGUAUUGUAUCAGGUUUCAAGUUUCUUCUCUGUAACUGUUGUUACUUAUUAUUCAUUGUGGUGUGAAGGGAAAUUGUGUCCCUUCUAAAAACAUUUCAUAUAUUUUUGUUUAUUGGUGCAGUGUUACCAGAUGGCCUUAUGUACAUUACAUUCAUUGCUUUUGUGAUACAGUAGCAUAUUUUUUAUGUAUUCCCCUGUACAGUAUUACUGAAUCUAUCUGUGAGAUGCAUUUCUAAGAGAUAAGAAAUACAUUGACAUAGCUAAUUCUUGAUUAUUCAAGGGCUGUUUAUUCAGUUUAUUAUUAGUAUAAAUCCUAUAUCCAAUCUUCAAUUGUUUCUUUUCCUUCUGCCUUUGGAGACUUUCACUUUUUUUGUGGCUAGGGUAAAUUAGAUGAACUCAAGUUAAUUUUGAUACUUGUUAGCUUAAGAAUUUGGUAUGAGGAGAUUGAUACUACUUAUUGAAAUGAGGCUUUAAAAUUUAUUUCUAUAUUUCAUCAUCCCAUUUUGUCUCUUAUAAUAACAGAUAAGCACGUGUUGGCUCAAAAAAUAAGGCUAUCUAGAAAUUUGAUGUGAAGAAUAAACAAGCAAAGAGCACUUUCGUGUCUAUGAAUAUAUGAAUGCAAGAGACAGUUGGGACUAAUGGGGAAUCAUUUUAACGUUAGCUCCUUGGGAAUUCCAUUGGUUGAGCUGUUCUGGUGUUGGCUAUAUGUUUAUGUCCUUGAUGAAACUAACAACUUAAAAUAGUAACUGAGGUUAAACAGAUUCACACUCUCUAGUUUUUAUUCACCCAGUUCAGGGAUUGGAUUUUUCAGAAAGCAUAUCUACCUGUGAGAGUUUUACUUGGUAAACACUGACAGGUUUUACAUCAAAGAAGAUGCAUAAUUUCAGAACUAGAUUGUAGUUUGGGAUAUGUGGUAAUGAAAAAUUAUCAGAGUACUUUCUUUAUACUUAAAUCAACUUAACUGGGAACAGUUGCUUCUUUGUAACUUUUUUCCUUGUUUGUUUUAUUGAAAUUGUACCUAAUAUCUAGUAUCUACUGCCAUUGUAAAGAAAUAAUGCUUGUGUUGCUAGUGUAUAAUUUAAGUAUAUAUGUAGUAAAACAAAACAAAACAAAAAGCGAGAUAACUAUUGAAAUGUUGAUUAAUCCCUGGUCUUACAGUUUAUAUUGGGGUGACCUUCAGAGUGUGACAAUAUGAGAAGUUUGGGAAGUGCAAAAAUAUUUUUAGUGCCGAUGGUGUUAUUAGAGAGAGCCACCAUAUCUUCUGGCUGAACAAUACUGGUGAACUGUGGAGAAAAAAAUAAAUGAUCUUCAAGGUUGAUUAGGACUAUUGGGCAGCUGGAAUUCAGAAUUUUUCUGUUUAAAUAUAGCAACAAGACAUUAUUACAAGAACUAGAUCAAUGAAGAAAGAGUUUGUGUUUGCACUUUUGAGGGCUUUAAAGCAUGCUGCUUUUAAAGGGAAAAAAGUACAGUUGAUGAACAGGGCAUCUCCAACACUUGUGAGGUGCUGUCCUAAAUAAUCCAGGUAGGUUUUUAGAAAAAAAUUAAGUUCUGUGUCUCACACACACACACACACACACACACACACACACACACACACACAUACACACACAAAUUUCUAUAAUGGCAAUGUGUAACUUUUAAAAAAUUGAAUAAAGUUUUAGAAAACUAUUUCAUGUAAGAACUGACAGAGGGAUUUGCUUUGUAUAAUGCAAACUGGCUUUUAAAAAGCAUUGUAGCAAAUUUAUUCAAGUCAAAAAUCAUGCAUAUAUGUUAAUAGUUAUAUGUGCAACCAGACAUGCAAAACAAUUGUAUUUUUUUAAUAAAUAUUUUUAACAAAA